AUGAAGGCAGCCAAUGCCUCCAGUGCGGAGGCCUAUCGAGUUCUUAGUCGCGCCUUUAGAUUCGAUAAUGAAGAUCAGAAGCUGUGGUGGCACAGCACUGCCCCGAUGUUUGCAAAAAUGCUGGAAACUGCCAACUACACCACACCUUGUCAGUAUCAAUACCUCAUCACCUAUAAGGAGUGCGUAAUUCCCAGUCUCGGAUGCUAUCCGACCAACAGCGCCCCCCGCUGGUUGAGCAUCCUCACUCGAUACGGCACUCCGUUCGAAUUGAGCCUAAAUUGCUCUAAUUCAAUAGUGAGAUACACAUUCGAGCCGAUCAAUCAACAUACCGGAACAGAUAAAGACCCAUUCAAUACGCACGCCAUCUGGGAGAGCCUGCAGCACCUGCUUCCACUGGAGAAGAGCAUUGAUCUGGAGUGGUUCCGCCACUUCAAGCACGAUCUCACCCUCAACAGUGAAGAAUCUGCUUUUCUGGCUCAUAAUGAUCGCCUCGUGGGCGGCACUAUCAGGACGCAGAACAAGCUCGCGCUCGAUCUGAAGGAUGGCCGCUUUGCACUUAAGACGUACAUAUACCCGGCUCUCAAAGCUGUCGUCACCGGCAAGACAAUUCAUGAGUUGGUCUUUGGCUCAGUCCGCCGGCUGGCAGUGAGGGAGCCCCGAAUCUUGCCCCCACUCAACAUGCUGGAGGAAUACAUCCGAUCACGCGGUUCCAAGAGCACUGCCAGUCCCCGCCUAGUGUCCUGUGAUCUGACCAGUCCUGCCAAGUCGAGAAUCAAGAUCUACCUGCUGGAGCAGAUGGUUUCACUAGAAGCCAUGGAGGACCUGUGGACUCUGGGCGGACGGCGCCGAGACGCUUCCACUUUAGAGGGGCUCUCUCUGGUGCGUGAGCUUUGGGAUCUGAUCCAACUGUCGCCGGGAUUGAAGUCCUAUCCGGCGCCGUAUCUGCCUCUCGGGGUUAUCCCAGACGAGAGGCUGCCGCUUAUGGCCAAUUUCACCCUGCACCAGAAUGACCCGGUCCCAGAGCCGCAAGUAUAUUUCACAACCUUCGGCAUGAACGACAUGGCGGUGGCGGAUGCCCUGACGACGUUCUUCGAGCGCCGGGGUUGGAGUGAAAUGGCCCGCACCUACGAAACUACUUUGAAGUCGUACUACCCCCAUGCGGAUCAUGACAAACUUAACUACCUCCACGCCUACAUAUCCUUCUCCUACAGGGACCGUACCCCUUAUCUGAGUGUCUAUCUUCAAUCCUUCGAGACAGGGGACUGGGCAGUCAAGUGUCAGGAUGCGGCCUGUCAACCCACAUCUUUACCUCCAGAUCUGUCAAAGACAGGGGUAUAUUAUUCCGGUCUCCACUGA